GCCAGCCUCUCAUUAUUGGAAGGCCUGGACCGAUGCCGCGAGCUCUGACAGGAGUUCAAAAUCAUGAUCGUAUCAACUGUCUCGUUUCCCUUCGACUUCAUAAACUCUCCUCGACCUUCGCGCUUGUCUCACUCUUACAACCCACGAACUCUCCUCAUCCUGUUAUCAUGGACCUCAGCUCUGGGAUCUGCAACAUCCAGACAUUCACUGUCCUCGAUGCCUCCCUGAGUCCUUAUCUUGGGCCCUACGUCUUCCCUCAAUCCGGAUGCUCAGGGACAUCGUGUACUUGGGCCGGUGCCGGGAACGACUUCUACACCAGCGGAACGUACAUCUGCGACGGCGGUACCCGAGUGUCCGACGAUAACAGCCUCUACUACGCCGAACAGCCUCAGCCAACGGACGACUCGGGCAUUGUGAGCCUCAAACUUUACGCCUGCUCCUGCGGCAGCCAGUCGAUCAACGCUGCCGCAGCUGCAAAUGGGAGGCGACUGGCCCUCCGCCCCUUCUGUCCCACCGUGUGCGACUGGACCUACUCUGUCCCUCCCAGCGGGACGAAAUGCAACGUCGCCUCGAGCUGUUUCUAUGGCGCGCUGACUGGGACCCCGAAUACCUUCGACAAGGAAAGCUGCGUGGUGCCCGCAGUCAUGGCGCAAGACAGCGACAAUACGCCCUUCUACGGUAAGCUAGGCGCGAACGGCGACUUCCAGUACAACAUCUGCACGGGACGACCGUUUAGGUCGGACGGCUGUUUCGACGAGGUGAACUACGGGCAAGAACUGUCCCUCUGGUGCUCGUGUACAGGACCGGCGAACGACAAGAACCCCUGUGGCCUUGCCGUUGAUGCUACGACGGCCAACAGCAGCAGCAGCAGCAGCGCAAGCAGCCAAACAUCCACCGCUACCACAUCCCCGUCAACAUCAAAUGGAGCUGUCAACGAGAUGAAACAGGUCGGAUUGCGAGGCAUGACUUUAACCCUCCUCUUGACGAGCUUUCUUGCAGCGUAUCAUGCUUGAUCUUGUAUCGUCCCUCUGACUCGCUUGCAUAUCUCGUCCCUGGCAUUUGAAUGGAUACCAUCGU